UCUCUCGCCUUAAAUUUUGCCUACUUCUUCCCCCGGACACUUGCUCAAACAGCAUUUGUUUACAUAUCCACCAAUAAUUGCCUACCACGCGUAUCACGAACCACUGGUCCCCACAUAAACCUGUUGACUUAUACCACCGGAGUAUCGAUAUUGAUACACCAUGAACGUAGCAUAACACCUUACACCAUCAAAAGAAAAAUGAGCAGGUUCUCUUAUAGAGAAGAAGAAGAAGAAGAAGAUUAGAAAAAUCAAAAUCGGCUGGUAGAAAAACUUUUUUCAUUUUUUUUUGCAGAAGAGAUUCUUCUGUAAUGGUGAAAGCUCUUUAGGGUUAGGGUUUUUGAGAGAACUGCGAAAUCAAAUCAUCGUCUUAUUCACUAGUCAUCUCUCUCAAUUUUUGUUUGAUGUGUGUGAUUUGAGAAACACACAGUUGCAGUCAUGUAUUCAUCUUUGUCCGGUCCGUUAGCUGCUAGGUUUAGGUUUUCGACAUCAUCAGCUUCUUAUCUAUGUAGAAGUUUAGCUGGUUCAUCAUCUCAUUCUACUAUUUCUUCUUCGCCUUCUUCUCCAUCAUUGACUAGUUCUCGAUCUUUGAGUUUUGCAACUACGUUUCGAUCUUAUAGAUCUUCGAAUCCUAGAUGGAGUCACGGUUAUGAUUGGAGAUCUCCUGUGAGUCUUAGGGCUCAAAUCAGAACUGCUGCUCCUUUGCUUGAACGAUUUCAAAGGAAGAUGACUACUAUGGCUACUGAGAAUGCGUUUAAGGGGCUCUUAACCAGUCUUCCAAAGCCAGGUGGUGGCGAGUUUGGGAAAUAUUACAGUCUCACUGCACUAAAUGACCCAAGGGUUGAUAAGCUGCCGUAUUCCAUAAAGAUUCUUCUCGAGUCUGCGAUACGUAACUGUGACAACUUUCAAGUCACGAAAGCAGAUGUCGAGAAGAUUAUAGAUUGGGAGAACUCUUCUCCGAAGCAAGUUGAAAUUCCCUUCAAACCUGCUCGUGUUCUUUUGCAGGAUUUCACUGGUGUACCAGCUGUUGUUGACCUUGCUUGCAUGCGUGAUGCAAUGAACAGUCUAGGAAGUGACUCUAAUAAGAUCAACCCUUUGAUCCCAGUAGAUCUUGUCAUUGAUCACUCGGUUCAGGUCGAUGUGACAAGAUCAGAAAAUGCCGUGGUGGAUAACAUGAAGAUUGAAUUUGAGCGCAACAAGGAGAGAUUUGCUUUUCUUAAAUGGGGAUCUACUGCUUUCCGUAAUAUGCUCGUUGUUCCUCCAGGAUCUGGCAUUGUGCAUCAGGUGAAUCUGGAAUACCUUGGACGGGUUGUUUUCAACAGUGAUGGCAUGCUAUACCCUGAUAGCGUGGUGGGAACUGAUUCCCACACCACUAUGAUUGAUGGAUUAGGAGUUGCUGGUUGGGGAGUUGGAGGUAUUGAAGCAGAGGCAGCAAUGCUUGGGCAGCCCAUGAGCAUGGUGUUACCUGGUGUUGUUGGGUUUAAGCUUUCCGGUAAAUUGAAGAACGGCGUUACAGCUACAGACUUGGUUUUAACUGCUACACAGAUGUUAAGGAAGCAUGGUGUGGUUGGCAAGUUUGUUGAGUUCUAUGGUGAUGGUAUGAGUGAACUGUCAUUGGCUGAUCGUGCCACUAUUGCAAAUAUGUCUCCCGAGUAUGGAGCAACCAUGGGUUUUUUCCCAGUUGAUCACGUAACCUUGCAAUAUCUCAAAUUAACAGGAAGAAGCGACGAAACAGUGUCUAUGGUAGAAGCUUAUCUGCGUGCAAACAAAAUGUUCAUUGAUUAUAAUGAGCCUCAAAUAGAAAGAGCUUACUCUUCAUAUCUACAAUUGGACCUUGACGAUGUUGAGCCCUGUGUUUCAGGACCAAAGAGACCUCAUGAUCGUGUUCCUUUGAAGGAAAUGAAGGCAGAUUGGCAUUCUUGUUUGGAUAACAAAGUUGGAUUCAAGGGAUUUGCUGUGCCAAAAGAAACUCAGGACAAAGUUGCAAAGUUUAAUUUCCGUGGAGAACCUGCAGAGCUCAAACAUGGUAGUGUUGUGAUAGCUGCCAUUACAAGUUGUACAAAUACUUCUAACCCCAGCGUCAUGUUAGGGGCAGCUUUGGUUGCCAAAAAGGCCUCUGAAUUAGGUCUACAGGUUAAACCAUGGGUCAAAACAAGUCUUGCCCCAGGUUCUGGAGUUGCUACAAAGUAUCUGCUCCAGAGUGGCUUGCAGAUGUAUUUGAACCAGCAGGGAUUCCAUAUUGUUGGAUACGGUUGCACAACUUGUAUAGGGAAUUCUGGGGAUCUGGAUGAAUCAGUUGCUUCUGCAAUUACAGAAAAUGACAUUGUUGCAUCAGCCGUUCUCUCUGGAAACCGGAACUUUGAGGGCCGUGUGCAUGCCUUGACACGAGCAAACUAUCUUGCAUCACCUCCUUUAGUCGUCGCAUACGCCCUUGCUGGGACGGUUGACAUUGAUUUUGAGAAGGAACCAAUUGGUACAGGGAAGGAUGGUAAGAGCAUUUACUUCAGAGAUAUCUGGCCAACUUCUGAGGAAAUUGCUGAGGUUGUUCAAUCCUGUGUAUUGCCUGAAAUGUUUAAGAGCACUUAUGAGUCUAUCACUACGGGCAACCCUAUGUGGAAUGAUCUACCAGUGCCUAAAACAAGUCUCUGCUCAUGGGAUCCGACCUCAACCUACAUUCAUGAACCCCCAUACUUCAAGGGCAUGACAAUGGAUCCACCAGGUCCUCAUGGAGUAAAGGAUGCUUAUUGCUUGCUCAAUUUCGGUGACAGUAUCACUACUGAUCACAUAUCUCCUGCUGGGAGCAUCCACAAAGAUAGCCCUGCAGCGAAGUAUCUUGUUGAGCGAGGUGUGGAGCACAAGCACUUCAAUACUUACGGAAGUCGACGUGGAAAUGAUGAGGUGAUGGCUAGGGGAACCUUCGCUAAUAUUCGCAUUGUCAACAAGCUCUUGAAGGGAGAAGUUGGCCCAAAGACGGUUCAUAUUCCAAGUGGGGAGAAACUUUAUGUGUUCGAUGCAGCUCAGAGAUACAAGGAAGCGGGUCAAGCUACUAUUAUCAUUGCCGGAGCAGAGUACGGAAGUGGAAGCUCCCGAGAUUGGGCUGCCAAGGGUCCAAUGUUGCUGGGCAUAAAAGCAGUAAUCGCCAAGAGCUUCGAGAGGAUUCAUCGCAGUAAUUUGGUAGGAAUGGGCAUUAUCCCUCUCUGCUUCAAAGAUGGUGAGGAUGCAGACACUUUGGGCCUUACUGGUCACGAGCGUUACACUAUUGAUCUUCCAAGCAAAGUUAGUGAAAUCAAGCCUGGUCAAGAUGUUACCGUCAAAACUGACACUGGCAAGUCAUUCAUCUGCAAAGCCCGGUUUGACACAGAGGUGGAGUUGGCAUACUUUGAUCAUGGAGGCAUUCUUCCAUAUGUUAUCAGAAAUCUGAUUAAGCAAGAGUAGUGUGCUAAGUUCUCGAAUUGUCAACAUCUUUCAUCUAGUGAGCUGCUCCGCCUCUCUUUACAUUUGGGGAAGUACAAAAGCUAAUGUCUGUUCUUUAACUCCGUGCCAACAGAAGUCAUUUAGGUGACAAUAAACUGCUUUUUUGAUGAGUGUACAUGUGAUAUUUCAAGAUCAUUUGAAGAUCCAGUUUAUUAUAUGGGAUACCUGUGGGUGAUAAUAACCCAAUGCAAAUUAAUGAGUUACGUUGUCCUGCACCGUAAUAAGUUUCCCAAUCAAUAAAAUCAUAUCUUCUUCCUUAUUCUA